AUGGAGAGCAAAGGCCCAUGGUUUCGUGCUCAACCACAAUCAAGCCAUUUCCCGCUGACGCAACUGGAGCGCCAGUCAGCAUUGGAGGCGCACAUCGUCUACUACUCUGUGAUUAGCUUCUGGCAUGUCACAGGCCGAUGUCUUGGUCAAAGUCUCCGGCUGGUCCAUGAACCCUGUUAA